AUGUCCAAAAAGUACAAAUCCUUCUACGAGAACGAUGGCAGCGGUCGAGAUACCUUCGUCAACUACGCCGGAGCGUACUGGAUGAACCCAUUGCCAGCCGGCACCUUCUUCAAGAGCAGAGGACUCCUGACUCAGCCGAGCGUGCCGACAGAGUACGGAACUAGCCUCGUGAUGGAUGACAGCACCCCAUUCCCGGGCCGGACCCUCUUUGGCAAAUCGCGCUACGGCACUACCAUUCUGGCAGCAGACCAGGCCGCCGCAGUCGACCCUACGGCUGGCUCGCAAUCUGGCCACUCUGCCGGUAUGGGUAGCACCUCUGGCUCGACCGCAAACCGCGUGGCGGGGACGGACGCGGACGCGCCAGAUUUCGACGGGGAGGCGACAGCACUCGAGCACAUCUCAUUCGACGUCUCGAACCCGGAGCGGCGUCUGCGGCAGCCAGGGCACGCUACGACCGGUCUGGAGGGCACCGGCGGCGGUUCCACCUACAACGGCGUCAAGGAGCCAUGGACAGCGCCGAACGCGGUGGACAGCACGCUGUUGCGGCUGGCUCCUGCGUACGAAUCGACAUGCCACUACCACCUGCGCACGGGUCUCUUCUACACCGAGGACGCUGCGCCGCCGCACGAGAUGACUCUUCCAGACAAGGGUGUCACGUGGGGCAGGUCUCGCUACUACUGA